AAGAACAUGGAAAAGGAAAAUGGAACAAUGUGGUCAGAGUUUAUUCUCACGGGACUUAUGUAUCAACCAGAGUGGAAAAUCCCCCUAUUUCUGUUGUUCUUGGUCAUAUAUCUCAUAACCAUGGUGGGAAACCUUGGUCUGAUUGUUCUCAUCUGGAAUGACCCUCACCUUCACAUCCCCAUGUACUUAUUCCUUGGGAAUUUAGCCUUUGUAGAUGCAUGGAUGUCGUCCACAGUGACCCCAAAGAUUCUGGUCAACUUCUUAGUGAAGAGUAAGAUCAUCUCUCUCUCUGAAUGCAUGAUACAAUUUUUUUCUUUUGUAAUCGCUGUAACCACAGAAUGUUUCCUCUUAGCAGCAAUGGCCUAUGAUCGCUAUGUAGCCAUAUGCAAACCCUUACUUUAUCCCAUGAUUAUGACCAACAGACUCUGCACGCGAUUGUUAGUUUUGUCAUUUGUGGGUGGCCUUCUUCACGCUUUCCUUCAUGAAGGGCUUGUAUUCAGAUUAACCUUCUGUAAUUCCAACAUAAUACAUCACUUUUACUGUGACAUUAUCCCAUUGCUGAAGAUUUCCUGUUCUGAUCCCUCUAUUAGUUUUUUAAUGAUUUUUAUCUUUGCUGGUUCAAUUCAGGUAUUUACCAUUACAACUGUUUUUGUGUCGUAUUCAUGCAUUCUCUUUACUAUCUUAAAAAAGAAGUCUGCCAAAGGCAUAAAAAAAGCCUUUUCGACCUGUGGAGCCCAUCUCUUAUCUGUGUCUUUAUACUAUGGCCCUCUUCUUUUUAUGUAUGUGCGCCCUCGAUCUCCAGCAGCAGAUGAAGGAGAUAUGACAGACUCCCUGUUUUAUGUGGUCAUCAUACCUUUGUUGAAUCCAAUUAUCUACAGUCUGAGAAAUAAGCAAGUAAUAGAGUCACUGACAAAUGUGUUAAAGAGAAAUAUUUUGAUAGCAUAG